AUCCCGCUGUAGUACUCUUAGUUCCUCCAUCCUUGCGUCAAGUCCUCUCAAAACACAACUUGACUUCGCAGCUGCUGGGUGCUCUUCCAGUUCUUCAUCCUCUCCUCUCCCUUCCAGUGGUAUGCAAAUCCAAUACACAGGGGCCUUGGCUGGAAAGGUAACCAGAAUCAGCGCAGGGAAACGCCCACUUGCUUUCUCUGAGCAAGCCCAACCGGGCGGUGCGAAGGAACCGGUAAAAACCGCGAAGAAAGAAGCCGCCGCGCAGCCCGCGCCCGGAACAGAGCACCGGGCAAAAAUGGCGGAGCCCAUGCAGGAAGAAACUCAGUACCAGACGACCUACCCGGUCUCUGAGGAGGGAUCCCCCAGGAGUUCCACCGAGGAAGGGGAGCGCUUCAAAGGCCCCAGCCCGGCGAUCGGGAUCGACCUCGGGACGAGCUUCAGCCGCGUGGCGGUCUGGCACGAGGGCGAGAUCAAGCUCAUUCCGCUGGACGAGAAAGGCAACAAGGAGAUUCCAUCGUGCGUCGCGGUCGGGGGAUCCCCCGACGACUCCCCGGGGGAUAGGGUCCUCAUCGGGUGGCCCGCGUUCGAGCGGGUCUCGGAGGGCGGGGCGACUCACCGGGCGCGCCGCAUAGUCGGGCGCGUGGACACCGACGAGAGCCUCCAGUCGGGGAGCCGCUUCUGGCCGUUUCUGGUGCAACUCCCGGGCAUCGGAAUCCGCCCGGUGAUCGCGCUCAAAAAGGGCGACCGGUGGGAGUCGGUGACCCCCGAAGAAGUGCUGACGCUCCAGCUGCACUACCUGAAGCGCGCCGCCGAGCGCUUCCUGGGGCGUGACGUCAGCGACGCGGUGCUGACGUCGCCGGCUGCGUUCACGCGCUUCCAGUGCUCGCGGCUCGCGGCCGCGGCCGCGGCCGCGGGGCUGCGCGUGCAGCGCAUCGUGGCGGAGCCGAACGCGGUCGGGCUACUCCACGCGGCGGAGAAUAAGCAGCGGCAGAGCGCCCGGGGGAAAGCAACCGGGGAGAGAGAAGCGCAGGGAGAGCAGGAGGAGAGCGGCACGGAAGGCGAGCGGAAGGAGAGCGGAAUGAGCGCGGAAGGAGAGCGGAAGGAGAGCGGCCCGGGGGAGGAAACCGGGGGAGGAAAAGGGAAGCAAAAGGAGCCGGAAGACGAGGAGCUGAACGUGCUGGUGUUCCAUCUGGGGUCGGGGUACUGUAGCGUCGGGAUCGUCAGCAUCGACGAGGGCGUCUCCGAGAGCCGCGCGAUCGCCGGCGCGCCGUUCGGCACCGACGACUUCGUCAACAACCUGGUCGCGCGCGCGCUCGCAGACCACCGCGCGCGCGACCCCGCGGCCGCGCCGCCCUCGGACCGCAAAAUCCUCUUCCAGAUCUGGCAGACGUACCGGGAGGCGAUGCAGGCCCUGUCGGAGCAGGAGACCGUCAAUUUGCCGCAGGGAUUCGCGGUCGGAACGACUCUCAACAGGGCCUACUUCGAGGACGCGAACGCGAGCCUGUUCCGCGCGUGCGUCGAGAUGGUCGCGCGGUGUCUGGCCGACGCGCGGCUUAAACCCUCGGGCGUGGCCGAGGUUUUGCUGCUGGGGGGGGGGACGAAAAUCGCGAAGAUGGAUGCACUGCUGAGGGAGAUGUUUAGCGGCGAGGGGGGGGGAGAACGGCGGGUGAAGAAGGGGGAGGAAGUGGACGAUCGGCUGGUGAAGGGAGCGGCGCUAGAGGCGGCGAUCGCGGGGGGGAUGGAGGGGGUCGAUAAAGACCUGCUUCUUCUGCAGAUAAGCUUUCUUCUUGUCAUUGUUUGUGGGCGCAUCAGAUUCGCCCAUUUAAUGCAGCGGAAAAAGAGCGUCGACUGGUUAUUAAUGGCGUAUCUUUCAGAAAGCCACAAUAAGACUUCUUCCAAGCUUCAGUCUUUAUCGGGUAUCAACCACCCGCUGGGCAUCAAAGUACAGGGCGACAUUUUCAUGCCGAUACUGCACCGGAACUCGCUGAUCCCAACCUCCCGCGAGCUUAUAUUCACGACGGUGAACGACAACCAAGAAAGCGCAAUCAUCCAGAUCUACGAGGGCGACCAGCCGGCCGCGGAGCAGGACGUCUUCCUGGGCUGCUUCCAGGUCGGGCCGCUCCCCCCUGCGCGCGCGGGCCACCCGAUGAUCACCGUUUGCCUCGACGUCGACGCGGGCGACUCGCUGCGCGCGUGCGCGCGCGUGAACAUCCCCGAAAAGGGAUCCCCGGGGUCCGCUCCCGCGCCGCUGGUGGUGAAGAUGCCGUCGGUGGACGUGGGCCACGGCUGGUGCACCGAGGCGCUGCGCAUCAAGUACGGCACGAGCGCGGACGUCCGGCUGUACGAAACGGUUCCCGCGGGCGGCGUCUGA